AUGGCGGAUUCAAGUGGGAGCUGGAAAGAUGCGUAUAAAGGAAUGUCGUCGGAUAAUAUAAAGGGUUUAGUGUUGGCUAUGUCUUCAAGCCUUUUCAUUGGGGCAAGCUUCAUUGUGAAGAAGAAAGGACUGAAGAAAGCUGGUGCUUCUGGUCUCAGGGCAGGGUCUGGAGGUUAUUCAUACCUGCUUGAGCCUCUCUGGUGGUUAGGCAUGAUAUCAAUGAUUGUGGGGGAAAUUGCAAACUUUGCCGCUUAUGCGUUUGCACCUGCCAUUCUGGUUACUCCUCUUGGGGCACUUAGCAUUAUUAUCAGCGCUUCUCUUGCGCAUAUCAUAUUACGUGAAAAGUUGCACACUUUUGGGAUCCUUGGUUGUGCUUUAUGUAUAGUUGGUUCGAUAACAAUCGUGUUACAUGCUCCACAUGAACAAGAGAUUGUUUCCGUUUUAGAAGUAUGGAAUCUUGCAACAGAACCUGCUUUUCUUUUCUACGCUGCGGGUGUGGUAGGAGCUGCCAUUUUACUUAUAGUUCAGUUUAUACCACUUUACGGGCAGUCACAUGUCAUGGUCUAUAUAGGAGUUUGCUCACUCAUAGGAUCACUAUCGGUUAUGAGCGUGAAGGCACUCGGAAUAGCGUUGAAACUCACCUUUUCUGGAAUGAAUCAGUUAGUUUACCCACAAACAUGGGUCUUUACGCUGAUAGUUCUUAUGUGCGUGAUAACACAAAUGAACUAUCUAAACAAAGCGCUUGACACGUUCAACACAGCCGUGGUUUCGCCCAUAUACUAUGUUAUGUUCACAUCAUUGACAAUCUUGGCUAGUGUCAUCAUGUUUAAGGAUUGGGAUAGGCAGAACGGAACACAGAUCGUGACAGAGUUGUGUGGGUUCGUUAUAAUCUUAUCUGGAACCUUUCUUCUUCACAAAACAACAGACAUGGUUGACACCGAGUCUAAAGGAAAUUUAUCAUCAGAUAAUCAUCAUCUGCUUCUGCGACUUCCAAAACACUCAGAAGACAGCAAUGGAUUUGACCAUGAAGGCAUCAGUCUGAGUCUAAGACGCCAAGAGUCAGCAAAGUCACCACGGCCUGCUCGUCAAACCAAGCAAGUUGAAGACGAUCUCGAAGCUGUAGUACCACUACGGAGACAAGAAAGUUCACGUUUAUAA